ACACAUCAAACCAAUCGACAACACCGUCGAAUCACCACAAUAAUGGCUCGCCGUCGCGUUAAGAAGCGCACUCACCUCGGCGCUAACAAUGGACCGGCGCCGCCUCAGAAUGCCUCUGGCAACCGUGAACCUAGAAGUAUGGUCAUCCGCGUUGGAGCCGGCGAAGUUGGCCCCAGUGUUAGCCAGCUUGUCAAGGACGUGCGAACUAUGAUGGAGCCAAAUACUGCAAGCCGGCUGAAAGAGAGAAAAAGUAACAAGCUGCGGGAUUUCACAACCAUGGCUGGCCCGUUGGGCGUAACUCAUCUUAUGUUGUUCUCUCGAUCCGCCUCUGGAAAUACAAAUUUCAGACUGGCGCUUACCCCGCGGGGCCCGACGUUGAAUUUCCGAGUGGAGAAAUACUCAUUGGGCAAGGAUGUGAAGAAGGCGAUGAAACGUCCGAAGGGUGCCGAAAAGGAUUUUUUGACUCCACCUUUGUUGGUGAUGAAUAAUUUUACAAGUCAAUCCGAGGAUUCAAAGGUGCCGAAACAUCUCGAGUCCCUUACGACUUCUGUUUUCCAAUCCCUGUUUCCGCCCAUCUCGCCGCAAAAGACUCCCUUGACAACUAUCCGACGUGUGCUACUUUUGAACCGUGAACCACCAAAAAAAGACGACGAUGGCGUCUACACCAUCAAUCUACGACAUUAUGCCAUCACCACCAAACGCACGGGAGUCUCAAAGGGUAUCCGGAGGUUGAAUGCCGCCGACAAGCUUGUCAGCUCUCAGGAGAAGAAGAAGAAGGGCAUGCCGAAUCUUGGCAAGCUUCAUGAUGUUGCAGACUAUCUAUUGGACCCGAGUGCCGGUGGCUACACGUCGGCUAGCGAUACUGAGCCUGAAACGGAUGCCGAGGUUGAAGUAUUGGAGUCCUCAACCCGCAAAGUCCUUAACAAGAGAGACAAGCAGCGAGCAAGAGCUGAGGGAAAGGCAGAAAAGGGCUCGACUGGCGUCGAAAAGAGAGCAGUCAAGCUUGUGGAACUUGGUCCCAGGAUGAAACUUCGAUUAACAAAGGUUGAGGAGGGAGUGUGCGGCGGUAAGGUCAUGUGGCAUGAAUACAUUCACAAAUCAAAAGAAGAAGUCAAGGCCAUGGACCAUACUUGGGACGCGCGCAGAAAGGAGAAGGAGCAGCGACGACAGCAACAAAAGGAGAACAUUGAGCGUAAACGCAAAGAUCGAAAGAAGUCAGGGGGCGAAGAAGAUGAAGAAGAGGGUGAGGACAGCGACGCGCCCAUGGACGACUAUGAUGAUGAGUGGGAAAGCGAUGUCCUGGACGAUGAUGCUGAAGUGGAAGAUGAUGAGGAUGAAAUGGAGGACGAAGCCGAAUCAGAAGACGAAUAGAUGUCCGAUCCGCCUUCGAGGACAAAAUACUUUUUCUGCAUGUGUGCUAUCUUCUUUUUCCAUUCUGGCGCCGGUUGGGUAAAAGGGCAUAGUAGAGAAUACAUUCAAUGAAUUUUGGACUGAUAUUAUUGACCGAG